GCCGGACCGAAAUAUUCCCAUUCCCAUUCCCAUUCCACUCGUCAGCAGCAGCCUCGCCGCCGGUUAAAACUCCACCACCAAUCAUCCUCCUGCUCCCGCUCCGCCGCCCACUCCACUUCUCUUUCUUCUACCAGAGCGCGCCUCUCUUCGCUGGAUCUGGUCUCAGCCACAAACAUCCCUGGUCCCGCGCGCUUUUUUCAUGGAUCGCCCCUCACCAACCGCGCCGCCCCCGUCCUACUGGUGCUACAGCUGCGACCGCUUCGUCUGGCCCGCCGCCGACGACGAGGGCAACCCCGCCGGGGUCGUCUGUCCCGCCUGCCACGGCGGAUUCCUCGAGGAGAUGGACGCCCCGCCGCCGCCGCGCAGGGCCCCCGCCUACCUCCGCCGCCGCAACGCCGAUCCGGUCACCGCCGCCGCUGCCGCUGCCCCACUCCACCGAAGCCGCCGCGUACCACCAUCCGGGGACCGCGCGUCGCCCUACAACCCGGUCAUCGUGCUCCGCCGCUCAGCGGCCUCCCCUCCUCCACCCGCUGACGACGCCGCCGCCGCCACCAGCAGCUUCGAGCUCUUCUACGACGACGGCGCGGGCUCCGGGCUGCGCCCGCUGCCCGACAGCAUGUCCGACUUCCUCAUGGGCUCCGGCUUCGAGCGCCUCCUGGACCAGCUCGCCCAGAUCGAGGCCGGAGGACCGCUCGGCGCCGCACGCCCCUACGACAACCCGCCGGCCUCCAAGGCCGCCGUCGAGUCCAUGCCCACCGUCCUCGUCGCCGCGCGCCACGUCGGGGCCGACUCCCACGACUGCGCCGUCUGCAAGGACGCCUUCCAGCUGGGCGCCCAGGCCAGGGAGAUGCCCUGCGGCCACAUGUACCACCACGACUGCAUCCUGCCCUGGCUCGCGCUGCGCAACUCCUGCCCCGUCUGCCGCCAUGAGCUGCCCACGGAACUCGCGCCCAGCGAAUCGGACCAGGGCAGCAACACCGGGGCGGAGGCUGGCAGCGAGGAGGAGACCACCGUGGGGCUCACUAUCUGGCGGCUCCCCGGUGGAGGCUUCGCUGUUGGUAGGUUCGCCGGCGGCGGCAGGAGGGCUGGCGACAGGGACCUCCCGGUCGUGUACACUGAGGUGGAUGGUGGAUUCAACAAUGGCGCUGCACCCAGGAGGAUCUCAUGGUCAUCCAGAGGGAACCAUUCCUCCUCCCAGAGGGGACCGUUCAUAAGACGUGUGUUUCACAGCAUGUUUGCGUGCUUUGGGCAUGCCCAUUCGACCAGCGCUCGAGCCUCGUCCUCGAGGUCCGAGUGGAGCUCUGUUUUCACCCGUGGGUUGAGGAGCCGCAGCACAAGCUGGACAUCGCAAGAUGCAAUCGCCAGGAAAAAAAUCUUUCGAUGUAACUGCUGCAGAGUCCUGUGUUCCCCUGAUUGCCUAAUAAUGGUUCGGGCCCUUUCCAAGUCCUGCCACUAGAUUGGUGAGCUGCAAUUUGCAAUGUUCUGUCGGUGAAACGAAGAUGCCAAUUUGUGCUGUCUCUUGUACCGGUGCAUGUGAUGCCCAAUCUGUUCUGUCUCUUGCAGCUGGUGCAUGGGAAGAUGACAAGAUACCAACUAUAUGGCAAGAUUUUUUUUAGUGUUCUUCUGUAGUAUUUGGAGGGAACAUUUCAUUGUCAUUUGCAGUUGCAGCCUGUCAUUCUGUAACUAGCUUUCUCCAAGGACAGUUUCUUUUCACUCAUCAUGACCUGUGUCUAUAGUGUGUGCAAUGAAAAUGGUUUUCAAUCUGGUAAACGCUGAUCUUGUUUCGGUCGGCAUCGAAGGACAAUAACAAUGGCUGAUUUUACUAACCAAAUGGAGACUUUUGUAUAGGAAUGGCACAAAAGAUGGGAUUUAUAGUGAAAAUGGCACAAGCUGUUUCAGAUUGUAGUAGGCCUUGAGCAGGAUAAUCUGGACAACAAUAUUUUUUUUAAUCGGCA